ACUGUCAGCAUUAACACCUCUCUCAGUCCCACACAGGAAGAAGGAAACGUCUGCUCACAGUGUGGGAAGAUCUUCAGUACCCGGGGUGCUCUCAAAACCCACCAGCUCAUUCACACUGGAGAGAAACCGUAUCAGUGCUCCCAGUGUGGGAAGAGCUUUAGGUGUCUGAGCACUUUCAAAAACCACCAGCGCAUUCACACUGGAGCGAAACCUUAUCAGUGCUCCCAGUGUGGGAAGAGCUUUAGGUGUCUGAGCACUCUCAAAACACACCAGCGCAUUCACACUGGAGCGAAACCGUAUCAGUGCUCACAGUGUGGAUAUAGUUUUAAUACAAAGACUGAGCUUAAAAUACACCAGCGCAUUCACAGUGGAGAGAAACCGUAUCAGUGCUCACAGUGUGGAAAUAGUUUUAAUACAAAGAGUGAGCUUAAAAUACACCAGCGCAUUCACAGUGGAGAGAAACCAUGUCAGUGUUCACAGUGUGGGAAGAGCUUUAGGUGUCUGAGUACUCUCAGAACACACCAGCGCAUUCACACUGGAGUUAAGCCAUAUCCGUGCUCACAGUGUGGGAAGAGUUUUAAUCAACAGGGUAAUCUCAAUGUACACCAGCGCAUUCACACUGAAGAGAAACCACAUCAGUGCUCUCAAUGUGGAAAGAGUUUUAAUAGAAAGAGUGAUCUGAAAAAACACCAGCGCAUUCACACUGGAGAGAAACCGUAUUAGUGCUCACAGUGUGGAAAGGGUUUUAAUCAACAGAGUGCUCUCAAAACACACCAGCGCAUUCACACUGGAAAGAAGCUGUAUCAGUGCUCACAGUGUGGAAAGAGUUUUAAUAUACAGAGUAAUCUCAAAAAACACCAGUGCAUUCACAUUUUACAGAAAUUAUGCUCACAGUGUUGGAGCUGCUUUGCUCAUUUAUCAGCACUUAGACACAAGUGUGACUCAUCAGAUUGUACCAAACAAGCUAAAAUACAUAAAUAUAAAAUAUAGUGAGUGUGUCCAUAUAAAUACGCCACUGAAUACAAUAGUUAAUGUUAUUUUCGCCCUCAUGUUGCCUAGCAACACUGUUAAUCGAACUAUCUUGCGUCGCGGAAGAACGCUUUAUUGUAAGUUUAUACACAAUAAAUACAUUUUUGAAUUAAA